UUCCCAUCUUCUUCUUCUUCUUCUUCUCUCUCUGCCUUUUCUUUUAUUUUUUAUUUCCCUAUCUUUUUCUCUGCAAAUCUUUCGUUUUCUUCCCUUUUAUCAUAUUUUCCUGUUACAUGCUAAAAUCUUUUUGAAGCUCUCCCAGUAUCGUAAAGCAUGCACACAACUGAAUAUUAUAUUACUUUGCCUUUCUUUAGCUGCUAGGGCUCCUCAUUUUUCUUUCUAGUACUGCUAACUUCUGUAUAAUUUUUCGGUCCCUUCUCUCUUUUACUAUUUAUUUUUCUUUUAAGGGAAUAGAGUGACAAGCCUUUAGAGGAGGAAAACCAGGGUUUUGCUCUAGAGAGAGAAACAGAAGAAAGGAGAGAGAUAGAGAGAGGGAUAGAGAACGAAGUGCUAAGCAGGAGUUACAAGGGUGUUUUUUGCUUGCCUUCUUUCUCUUUCUUUCUCUCUGAAAAAAAAUAGGUUUCCAUAGAGAGGAAGUUGGAGACAUUUGGACAGUAUUUACCUUCUGUCUCCUCUACCUCUCUAUACUUCUUUAUUUCCCUUCUCUGUUAAUUAUUUCUGUUCUUCUAAAAUACUGUUGGUGAAGUGUAGAGAUAUCCGUUUUUGGUGGUACUUUUUGAUUUUGUAGUUGUGGGUUGGGUGCUACUUUCAUGUGCCUCAUUGUAAGAAAGAUGGAAGCAAAUCUGCUUGAUGAGUGCCGUGGAAUAAUAAGAAGCAAGCAAAUCUAGAGGGGGAAUAAUAAGUGCUGGUGAUCUAUUUACAAGGAGAAGAUACAGGAAAUUGAAAAGAAGGCAAGAAUCAAGUUCAUGAGUUUUGGGGGUUUCCUUGAAAACGGUAGUCCAGGUGGUGGAGGUGCAAGAAUCGUGGCAGAUAUACCAUUCAACAACAACAGCAGCAGCAGCAGUACCAAUAUGCCCACUGGUGCAAUAGCUCAGCCACGCCUUCUCUCUCCAUCUUUCACCAAAUCCAUGUUCAACUCUCCUGGCCUCUCCCUUGCUCUUCAACAACCAAACAUAGAUGGCCAAGGUGAUCAUGUAGCAAGGAUGGCCGAGAACUUCGAAACAAUCGGUGGUAGAAGGAGCAGAGAAGAAGAACAUGAGAGUAGAUCUGGAAGUGAUAAUAUGGAUGGAGCUUCUGGUGAUGAUCAAGACGCAGCCGAUAAUCCUCCAAGAAAGAAAAGAUAUCACCGACACACUCCUCAACAAAUUCAAGAACUUGAAGCUCUGUUCAAGGAGUGUCCUCAUCCUGACGAAAAACAAAGAUUGGAGCUUAGCAAAAGGCUUUGCUUGGAAACUAGGCAAGUCAAGUUCUGGUUUCAAAAUCGGCGAACCCAAAUGAAGACCCAACUGGAACGCCACGAGAACUCAUUACUCAGGCAAGAGAACGACAAGCUUAGAGCAGAAAACAUGACCAUCAGAGAUGCUAUGAGAAACCCGAUUUGUUCUAAUUGUGGAGGUCCUGCAAUAAUCGGUGAUAUUUCACUUGAAGAGCAGCAUUUAAGGAUUGAGAAUGCUCGAUUGAAAGAUGAGCUAGAUCGCGUUUGUGCUCUAGCUGGCAAGUUCUUGGGUCGCCCCAUUUCUUCAUUAGCGAGUUCGAUUGGUCCUCCGAUGCCCAAUUCAAGCUUGGAGCUUGGUGUUGGUAACAAUGGUUUUGCUGGGUUAAGUACUGUGGCUACAACAUUGCCUUUAGGGCCUGAUUUUGGUGGUGGGAUUUCAACUUUGAAUGUAGUGACUCAAACUAGACCAGGAAACACUGGGGUCACUGGGCUUGAUAGAUCACUGGAGAGAUCUAUGUUCUUGGAGCUAGCUUUAGCUGCUAUGGAUGAGUUGGUUAAGAUGGCACAAACUGAUAACCCUCUUUGGAUCAGAAGCUUAGAGGGUGGUAGAGAAAUGUUGAACCAUGAAGAGUACAUGAGAACAUUCACUCCUUGCAUUGGGAUGAAACCUAGUGGGUUUGUUUUUGAGGCUUCCAGAGAGACUGGCAUGGUUAUCAUCAACAGCCUAGCGCUUGUUGAGACUCUGAUGGACUCCAAUCGAUGGGCAGAAAUGUUUCCUUGCGUGAUUGCCAGGACUUCUACCACUGAUGUGAUAUCCAGUGGAAUGGGGGGAACUAGAAAUGGUUCACUACAAUUGAUGCAUGCUGAACUCCAAGUGCUAUCUCCUUUGGUCCCCGUCCGCGAGGUCAAUUUCCUCCGUUUCUGCAAGCAGCACGCGGAGGGUGUUUGGGCUGUUGUUGAUGUGUCUAUUGACACUAUCCGGGAAACUUCCGGUGGACCUGCAUUUGCUAACUGCAGGAGGCUUCCUUCUGGCUGUGUAGUUCAAGAUAUGCCUAAUGGGUACUCAAAGGUUACUUGGGUUGAGCAUGCAGAGUAUGAUGAAAGUCCAAUCCACCAACUCUACCGGCCAUUGAUAAGUUCGGGUAUGGGCUUCGGCGCGCAACGAUGGGUGGCCACCCUUCAACGGCAGUGCGAGUGUCUGGCAAUUCUCAUGUCCUCAACAGUGCCGGCAAGAGAUCACACAGCAGCGAUUACUGCAAGCGGACGAAGAAGCAUGCUGAAGCUGGCUCAAAGAAUGACUGAUAACUUCUGCGCUGGUGUGUGCGCUUCCACAGUCCAUAAAUGGAACAAACUGAAUGCAGGAAACGUGGAUGAAGAUGUUAGGGUUAUGACCAGAAAGAGCGUUGAUGAUCCAGGCGAACCACCGGGCAUUGUAUUGAGCGCUGCCACAUCAGUUUGGCUACCUGUUUCUCCACAAAGACUCUUUGAUUUUCUACGUGAUGAACGCCUCCGAAGCGAGUGGGAUAUUCUAUCCAACGGUGGACCUAUGCAGGAGAUGGCCCACAUCGCCAAAGGCCAAGAUCACGGCAAUUGCGUUUCCCUUCUUCGUGCAAGCGCAAUGAACGCCAACCAGAGCAGCAUGCUGAUAUUGCAGGAGACAUGCAUCGAUGCGGCGGGCUCGCUUGUAGUCUACGCUCCCGUUGACAUUCCAGCCAUGCACGUGGUGAUGAACGGUGGAGAUUCUGCUUACGUUGCAUUAUUACCAUCGGGAUUCGCUAUUGUACCUGACGGUCCCGGGUCCCGUGGGUCACCUACUAACCAAAAUGGAGGAGGUAACAACGGUGGUGGCCCUAACAGAGUUAGCGGGUCCCUCUUGACGGUAGCAUUCCAAAUAUUAGUUAAUAGUCUCCCUACGGCCAAGCUCACAGUAGAGUCGGUGGAGACAGUCAAUAAUCUGAUCUCAUGCACUGUCCAAAAGAUCAAAGCAGCCCUUCAAUGUGAAAGCUAGCUGAUUGAUGAUAAUCUUUUUGUUUUUUUCUUUUCUUUCUUUUCUCUUUCUUUUAACAAGAGCUGUGUGUUUACUUAUGUAUUGGGUGUUGAGUUGUGUGAUUUGUGGCGGUGGCGGUGGCGAAGGAUGUGUGAAAAAAGAGACAGAAAAUGUUUUUUUGUGUGUGGGUGUUGAGUCAAGAACGAACCGCGCGUGAAGACUCCUUGCAUGGUGGUGAAAAGGGUUUUAGGAGUGUGUCGGUGACUCGGUUGCAUUUACAUGCAUGCAGAAGCUAGGUAGCAGCUAGAGUUUUCUUAACACAAAAGGCAAGGGUGGUGGUUCGGGUAUUGACUCAGGUCGACCCCUCUUGAUGAGUUAUUGGCUCAGUUAGUAAAAGACUGAAAAACAAGAAGCCGGAAAGAAAAAACUUCUAAAACAGUGUCUUUUAUUAAUUAUUCGAUCCCCUCUUCUUGAAUUUCAUUAAGUUAAUUUCUUUGAACUGGGAAAACUGUGAAUUACUUGUCGGUUUUCAGGUUUUGUAUUAAUCUAAUGUUUGAGCUUUACUAAGAAUAUAUAACCCUUCUCCUUAA